AUGGAGGAACUUGCCGUUUAUCACGGAGCCAUCAGCAAGGCUGUAGCUGAGAAACUGUUGGGAGCGUGUGGGAGAGAUGGGAGUUAUCUGAUCCGAGACAGCGAGAGUGUACAGGGAACAUACUGCCUCUGUGUGCUAUCUGACACGUAUGUGUAUACAUACAGACUGUACCAAGUGGAGGGCGGCUUUUGGACGGCAGAGACUGCCCCAGGAGCGAGGGAACGGCUCUUCCGAAAACUCAGGAAUCUCAUAGCGUCUUUUACGCGGCCGAACCAGGGCAUUGUGACCCCUCUGCUCUACCCCGUCAUCAGGCUCCCCCGUGACAGGAUCAACAACGUUAAUUAA